AGGCUAUUCAGGUUUUUUGCCAUUACAUCCAAUGAGUGUGGUGCUAGCUCGAAGAGCAAGACAACGAGAACAACAACUUCUAGCCGCAGCUUCAGAACAACAGAGUAAAGAAUCGGAACUCACAUCUUGAUACCGUCCAGAAAAGUACUUUCAGUUGCCAUCAAUAAGCGAUGUACAUAAUAGUACAUCUUGUGUAAUUUCUCAGUUGCCUAGCAACAUAGAAGUGUUUACAAACAGAACAUACAUUUAAAUUUGUUGGAAUUUAGAAAAAUAUUGUACUAAUGAGUGAUUAUGGCUGAAGGUUCUGUAUCAUUCAUAUCAACUUUAUUAAUGCUGUGUGUCGCACAUAAGAAGAAAAAUUGUUGAAAAAAUAUAAUUGUUGUCUUUAGCAACUGAGAAUUAAAUAUGUUUUCCUAGAUUUAUUAUAAAAAAAAUAUGUUAGUAACCUGCCUGGUUUGUUGGAUUUAAUUUAUUUGCAUUGUGUGAUUUCGAAGGCCACUUUGCCCAAUGUUUCACUGUUAAAUAUUUAGCUGCAAAAUUAUAUUUACUUUACAUUUAAUUUUUUACUUUGAACCUAAUAAAGUAAUAAUUAACGAAACAUA